AUGACACGAGAUACUGAAAGAGUAUUUAUAUCUGAUUUUCAACGAAUUAUACAGAGACACAUAAUGUAUCAACAGUCAAGUACAAGUUAUAGAACGCUUUCAAAAAAGGAAAAAGCAAAAAAAGAUAAACAUAAAGCUAACAAAGUUUUUGCAUUUGGUAUAGGAUUGGCAUUAGGUAAAGUUUUGAUAUCUAGAAUAUUUAAGUUACUUAAUUUCCCAGCAGAAUUCUAA